CGCAACCCAGUCGCUGUGCUGACUUUUUGAAGUUUUUGUUGUGUUGUGAUUUGUGAUCUCGUCUCGGUUUUGUAAUUAUAGUAACCUCAAAAAGUAAAUAUAUAAACGUAUUUAGGCGCUAAAACUUCAUUUUAAAUAUCAUAGGUGGUACUUAUAAUAUCAGUAGUGCAUUGGAAUGUAAUUUAGAGCUCUAAAAAUAUGCCGGGACCGGAUCUUUUAUCAAGCCAAGGCCUUCGUCUCGACGGUCGUAGACCCAAUGAGCUACGCCGGAUAAGAUGUAAACUUGGAGUUUUCACUCAACCAGACGGUAGUGCUUAUUUGGAACAAGGAAAUACAAAAGUUCUUGCUGCAGUGUACGGCCCUCAUCAAGCCUCUAAAUCGAAAAGUACUACCGAGGGAGUAGUAGUGAAUUGUCAAUAUAGUAUGGCUACAUUCUCCACAGGAGAAAGAAAGAAUCGACCCAGAGGUGACCGCAAAUCUCAGGAAAUGUCUUUGCAUCUCAGACAGGCAUUGACUGCUGCAAUCAAGACUGAACUGUAUCCACGCUCCCAAAUUGAUAUUUAUGUUGAAGUGCUUCAGGCAGAUGGCGGAGCGUAUUGCGCUGGCGUAAACGCCGCUAGCCUAGCGCUCAUCGACGCGGGCAUACCGCUGCGAGCGUACGCCUGCGCUUGUUCCGCUUCCAUGGCGUGGCGGAAUGGAGAACCGGAGCCGUUAUUGGAUGUGGGACAUGUUGAAGAAGCCGCAGGUGGAGUCGUUUUAACAGUGGCCAGUUUACCGAAUACAGGUAGCAUUGCCUUACUGGAGAUGUCCCACAGGUUACACAUGGAUUACUUCAAGGUCGUCUUGAGCAGAGCUAUGCAAGGUUGCAGGGAUAUAGAGAUUAUUCUUGAUAAAGCUGUAAGAGAUCACUUAGCAGAAGGGUGGACGAAACAAGACGUAGUUACCAUAUGAAAUAAAGUAAUUGUUUAUGAAGUAUUUUGUGUUUUAUUAAUUUAUUCACUACUAGCUUUAGCCUGCGACUUCGUCCGCGUUUUCGUCGUUUUUCGUAAAAAAGUAGCAUAUGUCCUUCCUCAGGGUUCCGUGGUUUUGAUGUGACAGACAGAUUAACUUUCGUAUUUUAGUAGGUAAAUGUAAUAUGUCAAUCCACAAUACUGUUAAAAAUAUCGCAAUAAGGAACCGCAGAAUAUUAUUAUUAUCAUUGUGCCCCGAGAUCAUCAGCGUGUAACUCCUUGUAUGUUAUUAUGUUAAUGUAUUGGUAAUAUUGUUUAGAUCACUUUCACAUGAGGCUUAAGUACAUAUAGAAUGAAAAUACUUCAGCGCAAAGCUUCCGGGUAAACUACGUUGAAAGUUGACACGUCCGGCACGUGAACAUAAAGAUUUCUAGAACUGCUAACCCGGGAAAGAGCGACAUAUAACUGACCAUGUGAAAAACAACUGACACCGAGAUCUUGAGCCUUAUUUAUUGUCACUGCAUAACACACCGAUACUGGGAAUUGCGUUCUUUUAAAUUGGAAUGGAAAAUUAUUUGGUAUCAUGGGAAUUCUGGGAAUAAAAAUGGUUUCUCCUGCACCGCAACCUAUUGAAAUUUGAACCUCGAUUACAUUUUGUUGCAACUGGGUUACUUUAAGCCGAGUUCCAUUGCAAAGUUGUGGUGGUCUUAAAUUUCGGAGCAGAAUAAUCGGAAUGCCAAUUUUUAAACAAAUUUCAUGAGAAGGAAGUCCGUGCAUAUUUAAAGAAUUUAAUAAUUCUAUCGGGUAAUUAGUGGCUUCUUGUUCAUCGGCCAUUCUAUUUAUUGAACUAUAAACUUUGCUUUCCCCCUGGAUAUUCGACAGUAUUUUAUUAUUAAUCUCAGAUGACUGGUCAUUGCGAGGAGUUAAAAUGGACCUUUCACAUAGCCAAGAAUUGUCCUUAUUUAAUAUAUUUGUUACGUUACCGUAAACUGACGAUAUAAGAUGUUGUUGGGAUUGCACUAUACAACAUAACUCAGGCGUCAGAAUAAGUUUUCCUUGGUGUAGCAGUGGAUAGGUAUCUUUGGUGAAGGUAUUUUCUUUAAUAAUAUAUCAGAAAAUUCACGAUCAUCCGGGUUAUCUACAGUUCUCACUCGCAUGUUUAUAGCCAAAUGCACCGAUUGUAUAUCACGCCACAAAUAAGAGCUUUUCAGGCAAGCUUUAACCUCAUCAGCUCGGGUUCCCCGUGGUAUUACCGGUAAGGUUUGUCGGAAAUCACCACAAAAUAAAAUUGUGAUACCGCCCAUUGGUCGAUCAUUUUGUUUUAUAUCCCUUAAAGUUCCGUCUACCGCUUCUAC